AUGGCAGUGAAAGCCCAUAUUCGCUCAAACAGCUUCCCGUCGAGGACUCACCCUGUAAACGAUAAUGUGGAGGAGCAGUUACUUUGGCUUCGAUCCUCGGAAGCAGCAUCCACCUCGUCCUCCAUCUCAUCUGUAUGCCAAAAGUUGGGGGGGCUUAAGGAUCUCCUCGACAGCAUAGAUGACUGGCUUCAGUUGUCCCAUACACAACAGGUCCUAUCCAAUGAGAACCGCAGGAAAUGCGUGGAAGACUUGUUGGAUGGAUCUCUGAGAACAUUGGAUGUUUGCGGGACACUCCGGGAUGUUCUCUCACACAUGAAGGGAUGCAUUCGAGAAUUGGAGUCAUCCUUCCGGAGAAAGAGAGAAGUUGAUUUGGGCUUGACAAGUGAAGUCGAAUCAUACAUCAUGUCAAGAAAGAAGAUGAGGAAACUCAUCUCCAAGACUCUCGAGAGUUUGAAGAAGAUGGAGAAGCAAAGCAACCAAAACAAGGCCGCUGAGGAGGAUGAUGAAGCUGCUCUUGAUGUACUGAGAGAAGUUCAACAGAUCAACAUCUCAGUGUUCGAGUCCCUACUCUGUUUCCUUUCUGGGAAAAGGACAAGGUCCAAUGGGUGGUCUAUGGGCUCGAAAGUUAUGUCGGCAAAGCGCAUUUCAUGUCAAGCAGCAGCAGAUGCCAAUGAAGUGGAAGCCUUGGAUAGUGAAUUGGUCGCACUGAAAUCGAGCAAAGUCAACGGCGUUCAAGUACGUGCUGCACUGAAGCAAGCAGAGGCAUUACAGUCGGUUAUCCAGGAAAUCGAGGAGGUUCUGGAGUGCAUUUUCAGGUGUUUGGUGAAAACACGAGUUUCCCUGCUCAACAGUAUCAGCUAUUAA